AUGUCUUCGGCAGAAGUCAGUGUCAGUCGAUACUUGGAUCUAAUUAUUCAAAGCGAGACUCUGGAGGAGUCUUUCGCCGGCUUUGUGUUGAGUUGGGAUCAGAAUGAGAUCCACACCAUUAAGACAUACGAGGAGUCGAUGAAGAACUUGAUUGUGGAGUUGAGUUCGUCGGACAAGAUAGAGGUGGGAGUGAAGCACUACAUCGAUGUCUGCGCUAAUAUCGUGAGCCAAAAACAAAGCCAAACAUUACUCCAAAUGCUUGAGUUUGCUGUCAAUAACAAUCUGAUCCCUGGAAAACUUGUCUGCGAAUCCAUACUAUCGUCAGAUAAGCUUCACUACAAGAAUGAGAUCUUUUGGUGCAAUGGUUUGGCUUUGAUCCGCAAAAUUAUUGGAACCGUUGACUACAAGGGUGUCCGAGAUUUGCUUAAAAUAAUCUUCGAUAAAGUGAACCAAAUCCCAGCCAAAGGCAAUGUCUCUGUUCUCAAACAACUCAAUGUCUUAUUUCAGGUUUUUGAUUACAUAUUUGACAGAAACCAUUGCUUACUUCCGGCAUAUCUUAUAUUGGAUGAGAUCCAGAAGAAGGGUAAAUGGACUCAUUGGGUAAGUUCCCAAAUGGUGUCAACUGCUGGGCGCUCGAAACUGCUGCCAAUUGUGGGACAUUCCUCGACAUUAAAUAACAUAUGGAAAUUGGAUCCAUUGACUGCCAAAUUUCAAUUGAGAGGGUUAUUACCCUAUAAUAAGGAACUUCUGGAGCCGCAGACAGGGCUUAUACGAUAUGUCUUAGAGCAGCCCUGUUCUCGAGACAUGAUCUCUGCUAUGCUGUCCCUAAACCCCAAACAAAAGCAAAGAAGUGUUAUCCUCGAGGAGCAACUCGUGGAACUUAUCAUAACAGCGAUGGAGCGCUCGGAAAGUGACUUUGAUUUAAGCGGUGAAUCGGGCGAACAGGGAUGUAAUCCCACAUUCUUCUUAUGGCAACACCUGUCGAGUCAUUUAAUUUAUUUCGUUUUAUUUCAAUUCGCGUCAUUCCCUCAUAUGGUUCUCAGACUUCACGACAAACUUUGCAACAAAAAUCUCCGCAAAAGUCGAGAGCACUUGAUGUGGAUUUUGUUACAAUUCUUGUCCGGGUCUAUACAGAAGAACCCACUCCUCGACUUCCUUCCUAUUAUGAAACUCUAUGAUCUCUUGUAUCCCGAGAAAGAGCCCCUCCCGGUGCCCGAUGUGUCCAAAUCGAGUGCUACUCAUGCAAUGGCUGCGGCAUCCGUUUGGAUACAUUUGAUGAAAAAAGCAGAAACAGAUUCUGUUAGUCUUCAGCGACCCAUUCCUCUGGCACUUAAAGCGCACAUCGAUUUUCUUCAGGAGAAUCUCAUUAAUAAUAACAAUCUGUCCAUCAGUUGCACUGAUUAUAGAGUAGCCCUACUUUGCAACGCCUACAGUACAAAUACGGAGUGCUUUUCUCGGCCCCUCUCUAUACUGGUUGAAGGCGUUCAGGGAAACAGAGCUAUGAAUCAAAAUUCUGGUUCUAUGAGCCCUCCGCCCAUGAUUUGGCGAAGUCAGGCCUGGGGUAUACUUCAUACCCUACUUGAGAUGUAUAUCUAUCGUUUACAUCACAUCAACGCUCACUACAGAAUCCAACUGUUGGGACAUCUGCACAGUCUGUCUAACGUUCCCCAAACAAAUCAGGUUCAGUUGCACUUAUGUAUGGAGAAUACGGCCCUUAAAUUGAUUCUGGGCCUAAGCAGCGCCGAAGUGCUAUCUAUUCCUCAAUACUCGCGCUUCCAAAACGAACCCAAAGGUCUGCUCUCAACAGAAUCAGAGGAACUCAACAAAGUUCUUGUGCUGACUCUGGCGCGCGCUAUACACGUGACCGGUUCCGAGACAUUGACGGCCUCUUGGAUUAAAGAGAUUCUGCAGACCAUUAUGCAGAGCACAACCAUUAGUUGGUCGUCGUUCACACUGUUAUGCUUUCCGAACGCCAUCAGCGAAUUCUAUCAACAGUUUCCCAUUCAGAAGGAAAAUAAGGCACAACUGAAACGGUCGGUGGAAGAGGAAUACCGAAAGUGGAAAUCUAUGAGCAAUGAGAACGACGUGUCUCCUCAACUCAAGCACUUUUCCCUCCCGGGAACGCCUCCUUUAUUUCUGUGCUUAUUAUGGAAAAUGCUUUUAGAAAACGACAGAAUCAAUCCGAUCGCAUAUAAGAUUUUGGACCGAAUCGGUGCCCGAGCCCUGUCCUCACACAUGCGAACAUUUGCCGACUUUCUGGUCUAUGAGUUCGCCAAUCUUGUGGGCGGACAACACGUCAAUAAGUUUAUUGACGCUCUCAAUGACUUGAUCUGGAAAUGUCAUGUCAUUACAUUAGACAGACUUCUCCUGUGUUUGGCUCUCAGGAGCUUUGAAGGCAACGAAGCACAGGUCUGCUUCUUCAUCAUCCAUAUGCUUCUCCUCAGACCGUCUGAGUUCAAGAACCGGGUCUAUGAGUUCGUCAAAGAGAACAGUCCCGAGCACUGGAAGCAAUCCAAUUGGCAUGAGAAGCACCAGGCAUUCAAUCGGAAAUUUCCAGAAAAGUUUUACUUUGAAUGCCUGCAAGAGGCAAGCGGUCAGGCCUCUCAACAUCAAUAUUUGCCCUUUUAUUUCAGUAAUGUUUGCCUCAGAUUUUUGCCAGUUUUGGAUAUAAUUAUUCAUCGAUUUCUGGAACUGCCAUCGGGUUCGAUGUCCAAUAUCGUGGACCAGUUGUUGGACCAAUUGGGUGUUUUACAAACCACAACUGAAACUAAUAUCGUGGACCAGUUGUUGGACCAAUUGGGUGUUUUGUAUAAAUUUCAUGACAAACCGAUUACAUAUCUCUAUAAUACACUUCAUUAUUAUGAGACCAAACUGAAAGACAAACCACAACUGAAACGCAAAUUAGUUUCGGCUGUAAUUAAUUCAUUUAAAGACAUUAAACCGAGAAAUUGGGCCUUAAGUGAGGCGUAUCUCAAUUACAUGCAGCGGAUGAACGACGACAUCGACUGGACUCCCGGUCUUGAAUAUUACAUUCACUUAAUUGGGAGAGUUGUGGACACACUCUCUGGCAGUAAAUCUCCAUUUCCUCACACAGACUAUCGGUUUAAUGAGUUCCCGAACGCCGCGGCGCAUGCAUUGCACGUGACUUGUGUCGAGUUAAUGGCUUUACCGGUGAGCGCGUCGGUUGUCGCCAAUUCACUGCUGGAUGUGGUGCUAAUUGGACACAAGAUUCUGACCCGAAAUAACAUUGAGAUGUGGAUGAAUGCCAUCGGUUUGGUGUUGACGGCACUGUCCGAGUCUUAUUGGUCUGUACUGAACGAACGGAUCCUGGAAAUGAUGCAAAGCCCGACUCUGGAGAGUAACUCAAAUCCAUUUGAUUUGAUGGACUUCACGAACAGUCACUCGUCUAUGAAUGAAAUGCAAUGCAGUUAUUUAAUAGCACUCACGCACGCGGUCUGGCAUAACGCCAACGUCGGACAGAUCAGUCUUAUGCCACAAUUCCUCAAAGAAAAGGUCAAACCUGUCAUCAAAAGCGAAGAGCAGUUCAUAUUCAUUUGUCAUAUCGUCGGACCAUUUCUACAGCGCUUUUAUGCUGAGAGAACUCGUUGUGUAAUGGAUGUGACGAUUGAAUUGUAUGAAAUGCUAGAAAUCAUUGACAAGAGUUGCGAGAAACUAGAAUUCAUUGAUCCCGUCUGUGAUCUUCUUUAUCACAUCAAAUAUAUGUUUACCGGCGAUACAGUCAAACACGAAGUCGAGAGAAGUAUCAAGAAUUUGAGACCAAACUUACAAAAGAGGCUCAGAUUUAUCACUCAUAUUAACAUCGAUGAGUUAAGUGCUACAUCAGUGCCUUGAAAGGCACGUUACGUAUAAAUAAAACUG